AUAUUAAGUUAAAAUAAAAGUGUUCAUUCAGUAUUGUUGUAAUUGUCAUUAUUACAAAAAAAAUAAAAAAAUAAUUUAAAUAGUCCGAUUAAUCGGUACCGGCUUUUUUUGGUCCUCCAAUUAUCGGUAUCGGCGUUUAAAAACCGUAAUCAGUUGACCUCUACUAUCAACAGAUAAAGGAGGGGGAUACCCAGGCCUUUUAGAAAACAUUCACAGGAAUUGAAGCCUACAAAACCUAAUAGUACAGUGUUAGCAGAUCAAAUCACAACCCUCAUGCAACAACAGCUAUUUUAUUUCCAGUCUCCACUAAAAAGAGGUUGAGGGCUCCAUCUAUAUUUUUUCUGGAUCUCUAUGGUGCGCCUAACCUGGUUCUUCAUCUCUAAAGAGAUUCUGUAGUCUAAUUCUGGAAUGUACAACUCCGGGUCCUCGGAGAGAAGAGCUGUGCAUCCUUGCUCUAAUUUACUAUCUCAUCCUGUGUUUCCUCCUCAUUGUGCAUCAUUUGAUUACUGUUUGUGGUGAGGUAACAUACUGUUCUACUCGUCGCUUGCCACCGCCAUGUGCGGCAGAGCGUGUGUGUGUAACCAUCUCCAGGCUGUGUAUCAUUAACCACAAAGUUUGAAUCAUUUCCCCAGUGAUGCACAAUCAAACAGGUUCUCUGUAUUUGACAUCCUCUCUGGAUUUUUCCUCACCGUCUCUCUUUCUCUCCUUCUCUUCCUCCGUCCGUCCCUCUCUUUCACUGGAACGGUGAGGUGCAGAGGUGUUAUUUAACCACCAAGUCACCCACAUCUACCAGAAUGGCGCGAGCUGGGAGGUUUGUCGGAAGGGCACGGCCACGGAGCAGUUUGACGCUGUGGUCCUCACUGUGGCCAUACCGCAGAUCCUACAGCUGCAAGGAGACGUGGGCUCCUGAGGAUCAGAUGGUGACAGGGGUCUCAGCAGGGUCAGGCAACCAGGGAAGACCAAUCUGUGGCAGAGUGCUAGAGGAGAUUCCGCGGCAGCAGCUUGGCGGUAAGCUACUCGUCGGCGCUAUGCGCUGGGCCUCUUCUACAAAGGCCCAGGCUCACUUCGACGUCCCCUGGGCCGCCAAGUACGUCUCCAAUAAUCCCUGCAUUCGCUUCAUCGCCAUCGACGAUCAAAAGCGCAAUUUAGAAUUCCCAGAGUGUGGUCCCUCCAUGGUGGUCCACAUCAGUGUUCCAUUUGGUGUCAAACACCUGGAGGAGGCCAAUGAGCAGGUGGAGCCUAUCAUCCUGGUGAAGCUGAACAAGCUGCUGCCUGGCUUGCCACAGCCCGACAGCAUCAAGUGCCAGAAAUGGAGAUACUUACAGGUGACGAGCUCGGUGGCCGACUGCCCAGGGCAGAUGACGCCGCUGUCCCAGCCUCUGUUGGUGUGUGGGGGCGACGGCUUCACACAUUCCAAUUUCGACGGCUGUAUCGAGUCUGCCCUGAAGGUGUUUGACGUUCUGAAGUCCUCUCUCUGAUGCCUUCAGGGGUGGUAGGGGGGAUGGGAGUAUAGUGUGGGGGCCUCUAUGUGUACAGUAUGCUAGCCCAGAGAGGGGGGUACUGCCAUUGAUCCAUUACCCCCCCCCCCCCCCCCCCCCCCCCAACAUCAUGGAUGAAAUCUGUCAAAUAGAAGAGUUGAACUGUCCACUGAAGUAUAUGUUUUUUUUUAACAUGUUGAUGCUAUGCUGUGUUCACUUGUGGUUAGAUGUGGAACCGGUGUGUAUAUGACCCACUAAUACAACAAGGUGGACCAUGAUUCCGUUCCAAUGAAGUACUUUACUGAAAGUAAAUAUGGUGUUGCUACUCAGGAUUCUCUCUAAACAUCUGAUUUUGGUUCAGAUUGAAUAAAAAAAUUGAAAACUA